AUGGAAAAAAUGGAACUACCUCAGCAGCACCGCGAAGGACCUCCAAAAUUCUUACCGCGCGCAGAGGAGGAAGCAAUGGAAAGCUCCAGUGUAGAGGAAGGAGGAGUAAUGCCGAAUUUAUUUUCAAUUGAGGCAAACUGUUUGGUAUGCGAUUUCGUGCUUACAACUUCAGCUUCUUCUUUUUACAUUCGCAUGACACCUUUGCUCUUCAAUAGUACUUACUAGUCUUUAGCAGUGCACUCUCCUCACUAAGCAUUCGUACCUUCUUCUUCGUACAUUAUUGCGCUGGGAAAAAGAAAAUUCUGCUCUACUCAUCUAAAUCUAGGAUCCGUGCUGAAGGUGAAGCUGGUGGACCAACGAGAGCAAAUACGUUGUUCGGGAGGCCUGGUCGCCCACUUGACACACUGGGAUUCGAAAAGCAUAAGUCUCAUGCACAACCACUCACGUUGUGUACUAACGAUGGGAAGACGGGAACGGCAAUUAAGGCUUUUUGUUCUAAUCCAUCUCCAGAAGUCCAGAAGCAUUCACCUAACGAGACGAGUUCAGAAGCAUUCUGGACGAGACCGACGUUGCCAAGAGGAACAAGGUCUCAGGAUGCUGGUCUUCUAAAAUGCUGACUAAGGGUGAGCUCUAAUGCAAAGAUCAUCGGGAAGAGAGUUCCGAAGGGCACGCUGAAACACAUUGCAAGGGUGGGCACGGUAAUUCUAGACUUAUAGGAAAAUAAAGUUUUUUUACUGGUCGUGAUGUCAUUUUUAGUCACAAAAUGACUAUGACAAUGACUAUGCCUCACAUGAGUGGUCUGAGUAACUACUUAAUAUCGCAGAUGAAGUAGUUAGCAGCUGACUUAGUCGUUUUUAGGCGUUGACCUGUGCACUUAUCACUGUCUUUUACAUAAUGACUCCCAGCCCCAACUGCAAUAAUCUAGACUUAUAGGAAAAUAAAGUUUUACUGGUGAUAUUAUUUCUAGUCACAAAAUGACUAUGACAAUAGCAACAAUUAUUCCUCGAAGACCAAAAUACGAAAUAUUCAGGCUGGCGCCGCUCCAGACGGGCGCGAUGACCCGAAACCGAUCUUGAAAUAUCCACCCACCAGUAGUUUCAGUGUCAGAACACGAACACCCGGUGAAGACGGAGUCACCACAUCAUUUGAUUAUCCUCCUUAUCUUAAGGCUUGUUUCCUUCUACCUCUCGAGGACUCUGGAUCAACGAUGAGGAAAAUCGUCUCUCUUGCGUCUUCUAGUAAAAUAGCUCCCAUUCAACUUCAAGUAUGCUUCUAGUAUAAUAUCUCUCUUGCUUCUAGUAAAAUAGCUCUCUUGCUUUUAGUAAAAUAUCUCUCUUGCUUCUAGUAAAAUAUCUCUCUUGCUUCUAGUAAAAUAUCUCUCUUUCUUCUAGUAAAAUAGCUCCCAUAACAAGUGUGCUUCUAGUAAACUAUCUCUCUUGAUGGUUCUAGUACAAUAGCUCUCUUGAUGGUUCUAGUAGAAUAGUAACCUCUAACUUUCGUUGGAUAAAAGAUGAGAAGAAUCCACGUGAAUGGAUUGCAGUCAUGGAGGCGGAGGAUAUGCACCAUUCCUUAGUGCAGGAAUUGCUGAAUGCAGACACUCUUCCAGACAAAAUUGUAAGUCUGAAAAACGAGUGAUAAUCAUCAUAUUGUCUCAGGACGUAGAGGUGCGGGGGCUUGGCCGCGAAGCGGUGGACCCUCAACCUUAACCUUAACCUUGAUAAUCAUCAUAUCGUCUCAGGACGUUUGUCUCGGUUGUUUGAUAAUCAUCCUUACUCGUGAUAAUCAUCAUAUCGUCUCAGGACGUAGAGGCGCGGGAGCCGCAGCUGCGGGGAGGUUGGCGCCCUGUAGAGGCAGACUGAUUGAUUGAUUGAUUGAUUGAUUGAUCGUCGUGGUUAAGUACUUAUUUCUCUCAGUCGUUUGUUUCGGUCGCGAAUUCUGUUGAGACGAAAAUGAUACUAAAAAGGAAAAACCUCCCUCGCAGUUGUGCCCUUAGGCUUCCCUUCAUGAAUAUUUCUUGGUGUCUGUAGAGGAUUUUUGUGCGCUCUAAUAAUCGUCCUGCCUGCUGGCGCAAGCUUGGGAGGGACGAGUGGAAGGGGAGCUGCGGGAGAAGGCUCGUCCUCGUUUCAUUUCUAUAAUGGAGGAGAUGGAGGAAAGGGAACGAGUUCAUCUUCCUCGAGUAGCAGCAGUAGUCGUGCUGGUUGGCCUGUAUCUCUUAGAAAUGGUGGAGGGCAUGGACUAGUAGGGGAACAAGAUCAAGGAAACUACAAUGGUCCGCCUGGCCAACAUCUUCAGUAUCAAACCACUACAACUACAAAUGAUACUUCUUCUCAACAGGAGUUGUGGCAGCACCAAGGUGGAUUCGUUUUCUCACGUGAUGGGGGUGAACGGAGGGCAACGUCAGCACGUGGCGAAGAUAAUCAGUCGUCCUCUUCUAGUACGGGAACGAUCAGCAAAUUGCGAGUCCCGCGACCUCAGAAAGAAGAUCUUGGGUACGGAGGAGGAGAUGAUGUUGGCUUACGAGCAGAAGAGGACCAAGAAUCUUCGAGAUAUGAUCAACUGGACGGUUCUGGUUUUGGAUCAUCUACUCAGUGUAGUUUAGGUCGUUUAUUUACAACUUGUUCAGUUGUUGUACUUACUGGAAGCUUGCUUGGACAUAUUCUUGGUAGAAGUAAGUUUUGGUUUUGGAUCAGUUGUACUUAGAAGCUUGCUUGGACAUAUUGGUAGAAGCUUGCUCGGAAGCUUGUUUGCCACGUCUUUAGCUUCACGGCCUUCAGAUUUUCAUCGACAACUAUCGCAUGCUGUCCUCAACACUAUCCCUAUGCAUCUAUUGCUCUUCUAAGUAAGCUACAGUCAAAGCGUCGACGACAGCGGUCAGCAUGGAAGCGGUGUAGAUGCUCCUACACGAGAUGGACCACUCAAGCUACCUCUCUCAAGACUUCAUGAUCGUGAUUCAAGCAAUAGCGCUUCUAAGCGAGAAAAGAAGUCGAAGAAGCACCGAGGUGGACGUGGACAUAGGGGAACCUCCUCUUCACCUCCGAAUACGAGUGAUCCAUUAGCUUGGCAGGAGAAAUAUGCAGCGUUUAUGCGAAAAUCGAAGAUAGAGUAUGAAACGCAGAUGAAGCGCUUUCAUCAAGAUGGAGAGGAAUCUUCAGGCACCUCCACACCUUCACAGAGUAGAUUAAGGGUAGGUUCUAGGUGUUCGUGUUACCGUUUGCCUUCACUCUCCCAAGGAGGAAGAGUAUAAAUAAAUAUAACAAGAAGGGGGGCACUAAGCGAACACCAAAGCCCUACCCCUAAGUAGAGACGUGACGAAAAAUCGAAGAGACGCCUCAGGCGGAGGCAAAGGGUCAUCCUCGAAAAAGAAGCGCCGUGACCAUGAAUACAGACGAAGAAAGACGGGGAAGAGACAUGGAGGACGUCAGUUAAGACGAGAGCUUAGACAGGAGCGUGGUGUAGAGCUAGACCAGCAAGUAGAUUAGUUUCAGACUGGCGUACACAACCUAUCCACAAUCAAUCCUUCUUGGCUUCGUCGACUUUGUCGAAGUCCACAUAAGAAGAUGUACUCAUUCUAAAAUGUGUUUUCAAUUGUCGUUUUUGAUGUUUUUUUUCACACACAUAUAUCAAGCUACCUGCUCGAAGUAAGUCAUCGUCUUCUCCAUCUAACACCCGACAACGGACCUAAACUACGUGGCGGCGGUCGGGCCUCUGGGAGAAUGGAUUUCGACCAGGCACAAGACGGCAACAGCUUUGGCUACGGUGGCGACGGUGCAUCCUUUGGGGAGGGUUCAAAUGGUAUGAAAUGUUGGGGUGUUCUUGAGUACUCGUAAUACUUAUCGUGAGUAAUCGUAAUACACCUUACCUUAUUGUAGUCUAGAACAUCAACGAAGUAAUUCUUACUAGCUGUAAGCAGGAUAGGCAAAGCCAAAGGCAUAGGCACACUUGCACUUCUCUAAUAGCGUUUGAUUUGUUGACUUGUUUUGAAAUACAGGCACUACUACUGUCUUGGUGGCUCAACUUCUAACACCCCGGCCUUCACGGAGGAGAGCUAUUCUUCUUCGACAUCAUCGAGCGAGGGCUUCGUAAGCGACGACUCCAGUGGCAGAGGGAGUGACGCGUCUGCAAGAAUACGACACCUGCGAAAGAAAGUGCCCAGUAGAGGACAGAUAUGUACUUGAUAUUGAUCAUAUUGAAGUAGCUACUACAUCACUCGCACUACUGCUUCUACUUCUACAGUGGUAAUCAACUUGUUUUGCCUAUGAUUAUCUUUGAUUGAACUACAGGUAUAUUUUUAGAGCAUGAACAACAAUGACAUAAAAGUUGACUUGAACAUCACAUCAGAUAAUCCCGAGACCGGCGAGCGCUUGACGACGCCUCGAGAAGGCCGCAGAGCAGGCGACGACCCCUUCUACUUGGGUCAAUUUCCGCCACGACCAUUGAAAGUGACCACUUCUGGUGUGGCGGAUCGGUUUCGGACUCUCGGUAAUAGUGCAACCAGAGGAGCCACUGGAUCUUCAUUUUUUGUAGUUUUAAGGCGUGUGAGAUUGAUUGCGCAGAGUUAUUUUGCUUGCGGUGCCCUUAAGGCAGUCUGCACUGAACUUUGUGCGAGAUUAUAAUUGUAUUCAAUACAAUUGUAUUGUCAAGUUUUUUGGGUCGUGCUGUUUAUUGAUAACUUUAACUUCUUUUACGGGACUCAUAUAUAAUCUAAAAACAAAACACUACUGGUUUUUCCUUUAACUUCGUCCAUGUAUUGAACACGAGACCAUUGUGAUCAGGAGACUUUUUCUAAGAUCCGGCGUCGAGACUGGAGUUCAAAAGCACGUCGAACGGGAUCAGCUAUUGCAGCAGGCGUUACAAGAAGCGAAACUUGCGCUACGAGCAGUUAACUCCAGACUUCCUGCAUUACGGCUUUCGAUCUUUUGAUUUGAUGAACUCAACAAGAUGAAAAAUGUUUUUCCAAGAACUCUAAGGACAGUUCCGUCAUUCGGUAGUCUAUUUUUAUUUGACAGGUAUAUAGGGACCUCUAGCACUAAUUAAGUACGUUCAUGUUCAACAUUUACUUUUUGUUUCAUCAUGGCUUUCGAUCUUUUGAUUUGAUGAAGCGUGACUACCGAAUGACGGAACUGUCCUUUGAUUUGAUGAACUCUAAGGACAGUUCCGUCAUUCGGUAGUCGCUCGCUCGCACGCAGUUACAAGACGGACAAGCAGAGGCAGCUCCUUCUCACAGCCAUGGAGAUCUGGAAGCGACAAAACAUCAUCAUACACAAAUUCGACGUACUAUUGAGGCCUCAUUUAGUCGGUGACAUCUUUUAAUACUCCACCUGUGCGCUGCUUUCAAGUACACAGAUGAGGGAGGACAAAGAUGAGGGAAAAGAUGGAUUGUAGAAGUGAGUUCUAUGACUACUCCUUCUGUCAAUAAUACAUCGACUUCGACAUAUAAUGUUAGAUCUAGAACAAGUAGAGGUAGAAGAUGAAAUGAUCCAACAAGUUCCAGACUGUGAGUGUGACUGCUGGAGUGAUGAAGUACUUACCGUACAGCUUCAUUCAUUCUUGCUUUGACAGGGGAAACUUGUCGAAACAUGUUUUAUAACCCAACCCACUUCAUCUACAGGAAUUGUUCCAAGUAAUUCGCGAAGUGGUCGAGGAGGAAGGAAAUUUGCAUGUCUUGCAUUGCGAAGAGAAGGAUCUCUUCCUAUGAAUUGGGGAGUCUUUUGUAUAAACAUUGGGGGGUUGCUCUAGGUCUAGCACAGGCAGUUCGUUGAUGAAUCCUUCUAGCGUAAGCAGCCACCCGGGGGUUGAUUUUUAAAAAAUGUACGUAAAAGUGCUGCUUCUGAUGAAGUAGCCACUCUUCACUACUCGUACUACUAGAAGGAGAUAAUAAAUUUUAAAUUCGUGCUCCCGCGCCCGUUCUUCAACUACCUAUUUUGACCUUUUUCUAAUCUCCAAUGCCGUUUCCCGUUUUUUGACUCAUGGUGGCGGACCAGGCGGACAGAAAGUGAGCGUCCCACCAGCCCCUAGCGACCUGCAGAUGGUCCGAACUGUGAGGCAUGAGCUGGAGAAACGUAUCCUCUUUCUGAGACGACAUGGUGCGGAAUUGAAGAAAGAGCUGAUUAUGAGGCAAAUCCUCGUUCUAGUUCUACUUGAAGAUGUAGUCUAUCCUCGUAAUUAUGAAGAGGGCUUCGUUCUGAUUACCCUGAUCAUGCUGGUCUAUCUCAUCUUUUACUACGCUACAUCAAGAAUGCAAUGUUGACUAAUCAAUCUUUAUCAUCUCCAGGUCCUCAACCAGGUGAUGACCUCCAACAUCUUCUAAUCUUUUAAUGCUCGAACGGGAGCAUUGUUUUCACGGACCCAGAUUACUGCACUCUAUUUUCCAUGAGGAUAAUCGUUUGGGCCUUAUGUCCACGGUGGAAAGGGAGGUGAUGGAGGAAGAAUUCGGAACUCUGAGGAAAAAACAUAAAAUUAUGGCAAGAUUAUAAACAUUGUAGAUUGCAAGAGAUUGAGAUUCCAUUUACAUCGUCAGGACAAGGAUUUAGUAGUUUAGCGCACUUGUAUACCUGCGUAAGUACUUGAAAAACGAGCUAAGAAGGAAUAGCAAGGAUCCACCUUCUCCUAUGCUUAAGGCUGCCAAAGCCAAAGUCUAGAACUAGAUAGGUCGGAGUCAAAAAUGCAGCACGAGAAGUUCCACCUGUGUGUAGGUCUAAUAAAACCAGUGACAUCCUAGCAUCGAUAAUGGAGAUGAUUCGGGACAAUCGCGUGGAGUACUACGGAACGAAGGCGAAGCUUGAGAGAGAAGCCGAUCUACAUCUGGAAAUGGAGGAAAAUCUGCAACAGAGGUAUUAGUAGGUUAGUAAAUUUUCCUCCCUCUGCAGGUGUAAAUUAAAUCUGAACUUAGUAGGUUAGUUGUAGUUGUUAGAGACAAGGACAUCAAUAUUCUUCUUUUAGGUUGGAAUCUAGAGUAAAAGUUAGAGUUAGAGCUAGAGUAGUUUAGACUUAGAGUUUAGAGUAGAUAUCGAGUAAGCUAGAGUUAGAUUAGAUAUCGAGCAGGUGGUGGGAGAGAACUUUUUACAACAGAGCAGAUCAUGAUCAUGCUAGGCACAUUCAUUCAUUCAUUCACUCACUCGACGUGUAAUAAGGACAUGACCCGCUGACUGGCACUUCUGUCUAUUGUUUCCUUGUUCCACCCCAGGUUCACAUCCGAAGAAGUGCGAAAGCGACAGCAUGAGUUGUUGAAGCGCGCGUUUCUGAAGGAAAGCGGAGGCGGCGAGAGUCCCAGUGAGAUUGUCAGGAGGACACAGCCGCCACCGCCAGAGGCUCUGGAGCCACGACUGCAGGAAGUCGUGCGAGUUUUGGAGGGCAUUCGGCGCCUGCCAGGAUACCAUCUCAUUUUCAAUUAUGGAUUAUAUUCGAAAACUUCUUAAAAUAAGCGAGUUACUGACUGAAAUAGAAGAGUCGUGACUACAUUCCGCUUAUUUUAAGUAAUACUACAUUCCCCUUAUUUAUUCUUGACUUGAUCAUCUAGCACAGAAUGGAGUAGCGACUGCCGCGUCUGCAGUAAACAAUUCAAUAUUUACUCGGCGUUCUCUUUCUCUAACUUCCAGCUCUUCCUGAUUCACGUGCAGACAUCGAGUACGAACUCACGCAGAUGGAGAUGCUGCAAGCCAAACUCGAAAAAUACUUUGAUCAAGAUAACGUGGCCUACGACUCAAGCGGUGUCGGUGCAAGGAUUCAGUUUCUUUUAUGAUGACUGGGAGUGGAGUUCUGAUGAAGGCUAACAAGACCUCUUUACUACUAGCCAAAAGUAGAGCACAGAGGUACCAUGGCAUGACAAGUUCUUACCGCAGUCAGUGUUGCUUUGGUUGUACUUGUAGUUAGUUCUUACCGCAGUCGGUGUUGCUUUGGUUGUACUUGUAGUUUGUCAAGAAGAACGUCUCUAUUAAGUGAUGAUGGAUGUGAAAAGCGCUAGCGCUAGCGCAAACGCUCCCAUAUCGUUCUUGUUGAUCUAGAAUAUAAUGAAUACCUUGUUUUUUCGAAGCCUACACCUUGUCUCCACCUCUUGUCCUCUCCCCACCCAUCAUCCUCGUCUCUAACCUCCGUCAACGCUAUUAAGACAAAGAUGGGGUCACUGCGAAUGUGGCUACAGAGGGACGAACAGGUCACCUUGCAGAAAGAAGCCUCCGCGGAAAGAGCUGGGGCGACGGGUAACUUCCAAAAAACCCAGGGCAUGGUGACAGACACGUUUGCGACCAUAAAUCAAAAGGCUUUGUAGACGACAAUAAAAGAGGAAUUUUCUCAAGCUUUCCAAGAAUCAAUAACUACGUACCUUUUAUGAGAAACUCGGACACGUAAUCCACUGCUUUCAUUUUUCGACAAAUUUUCGAGUACGCAUGGACUAAGCGAAAAUAAACUCAAUUUAGAAUGUUUACAGUCAUUUUACUUCUUCUUAGCCACGGGCUUUGUGAAAACAUCAUUUGCGAAUUCAUUGAUACUUUGAUCUAGAUCCUCAUGGUUUACGGCAACAUGGAAAUUAAAAUCGAAAUCAGAAUCAGAAAUGCCCAUAUUAGUUUUCAAUAGAUUACACCAUUACCAGUCAACCAUUUGGAUAGGCGCAUUCUUGUACAGGAGAGGUAAUUCAUUCAGCGACGCGCAGAGCGAAAUGCUAAUGCUAUGUAGGAGAAGUUUCUUUGUUGAUGUAGAACAAGUUUCUGUGAUGUGAUUGUCGUGAGUGGCGCGGCUGCAACCGUAAGUAAAGUUACCGUCUUCCACGGAAAAUACAUUCUCAUUCGUAGUACCAGAAGACAAGAAGAAGUAGACAUGUUUGAAUGAACAGUGAUUCCAAUGAACAACUUUAUUAAGGCUCACGAGGAGAAACACGAGACGAGUAGUUACUCUUUCAACAUCUUUUCCUUCUAGAACCUGUAGUUGUACCAAGUAGACAUAAAAUGAAACAAACUUCGACAUCAAUACUUCAGAUGAGAAAAACGAGAGCCUCCGAGAUCACAAGAAUGAUAAAGUGUUAGAACAGGAAGUUUUCCUUAUCCUUUUUCCCUUUUGAUGGCGUGCAAGUCCAGGUGCAUUGCGACUGCGUGUAUAAUAAACAGAGAAUGUUGAUGAAGCACAACAAGAAUGAACGUUUUAUUCAUAGUGCGAACGGGCCCCGUUCAACGGGGUAAACGAGUGAGGAGGAACGC